AGCACUCAGGUGAAAGACGACAUUUUAUCUUUGAUUGGAUAAAGAGCACUUGAUAUAAAAUUAGUUGAAACUUGUCUCUGAUUAAAACAAAAAAAAAGAUUAUUUGAAGUAUCUGUCCGGCGGUUGAGUUCGAUACCAUCUACACAAAAGGGUUCGGAGGGACGCAGUCAGCUGGUAGAUGCCCGGGCCAGAACCAGACAGGGUGAAGCUGCUUUUGGCUAAAAUUUACCCAUUUGUUGAUUUUAAAAAUUCCAACAGCAAAUUUAAAGAUGUCCGUCGAGUAUCACGCCUCCACCAUGACAAACAUGGACACUGACAACGGUAAAAUUGCAUACCAGCAAUUUUUUUCAGAUGAAACGAAACUUAUUUCUUCAGUUCACUCGUUGAGAAACAAGCCACUCAGAGUUGCUGCAGUGUGUCUCGGAGUGCUGUGUGUUCUCCUGCUGGCAGGGGUCAUCGGUCAGGCUGUCCACUAUGACAAUGUAGAAAAAGACCGUCAGAAGAACUUGAGUGCUCUGAGUACAGACAAAGAAAACCUGCAAACAAACUUGAAGACGACCCUGAAAGAGAAAAAAGAUCUCGAAGCUCUCAGGAACCAGUUGCAGCAACGUUAUGACCAUCUAUCCAGAGAAAAAGACCUGUUGCAGACUAAUUACAAUUCCCUGACAGAGGAAAAAAACAGACUUCAAGUUAGUGAACAGCAACUACAGGCCAGCCAGACUGCCACCAACAACGAGUUAGAACAGGUAAAAGCUGCCAACGCUCAGCUGCAGAAAGACAAAGACACCUUGGCUGCAGCACGAAACAACUUACAGACACAAUAUGAUUCAGUGGUGAAAGGUAAAAGUGAGCUACAGAGCAGUUAUGAGUCUGUGACCAAUGACAGGAACAACAUGCAGAACAAAUUCAACAAUGCAACCAGAGCCAGAGAGCAGCUGCAGCUGAGCUACAACAGUCUGAUUCAGAAGGUAGAACAUCUACAGGAAAGAUACAACUUCUCCAUCAGCGAGAAGGACAAGAUAGCCAGCAGUAACAAAAACCUGACCAUGGAGAUGAUAACUCUGCAGGAGACAUACAACGUCAUUAAGAAAGCCGAGAACGACUUACAGGCGUCCUACCAGUUAGCCCUCAAUCAAAAACACGAGACUGAAAACCUCCUGAAAAACGUAACGGCAGAGAGAGAUCAGCUGAAAACAAAGGCAGGCAACCUGAGUGCUGAGAGGGAUCAGCUGCUGCAGACGAUCAAUCAGCUCAACGCAACGAUCCAAGAGAAAAAAUGCUCUGUGGGCUGGAGGAAGUUUCAGUACAGCUGCUACUUCACUUCAAUGACCAAGAAAAGCUGGAGCCAAGCCAGAAGUGACUGUCAAUCCGGAGGAGGAGAUCUGGCCAUCAUCACCAGUCCGGAGGAAAUGGAAUUCAUCAAUGGCUUGUACAGCAGUGAAAUAGAAGCAUGGAUCGGGCUGACUGAUGGAGGAGUGGAGGGGCAGUGGAAAUGGGUGGAUGGAACGCCACUGAACCAGACGUUCUGGGCUAAAGGCCAACCCAACAGCCAUCAAGGAACAGACCAGGACUGUGUUGAGUUCUGGCAUCGUUCAAAAGGACACGGCGACUGGAACGAUGAAAGGUGUAGCAUUGAACAAUACUGGAUAUGUGAGAAGUAGCUACUCCCCUUAGAGGCCAACAGAGCUCCGGGAGUUCUUCUCCCGGCAUGCAACAGUUCAAAUCGAGUGGCGCCAUCUUGGCAGGAAAUUAGGAAAUUGUUAGUUGCACAAAAGCCAAGCUAGAAUCAGGAAAUGUGGUAGAUACCCGUUGUACCCCAGGAUGCCGUACCAGACGAGAUCAGGCAAGAGCCUUCUGUGGGAUAACCCAAGAUCGGAACGUUAGAUCAUCGCAAAUUCAGUUUGACACUGAAAACAACAAAAGCCUGAAAUGUUAAAUUUAGCUGAGAAAAUAAAAAUUGAGCCUAAUGUUUAAAGAUAAUAUUUGAAUGGAAGCAGUUCUGUUUUUGGUCCAAUUUAGAGGAUAUCCAUGCUGAAUCAAAUAUAAUCAUACCGGUGUCUUAAUAAAUGAUCUUAUGUAAAUAUUAUGUUUCUUUAUAUAAUUUUCCUUUUUAUGCUUUUUAAAUAUUUUUGUUUUAUAGCCACCUUGAUGCCUUUGCAAUGCCUGUUUGUUUCUAUGAUAUAAUAAAUUCGACCCAUCUUUAGGCUAUUUUAUCUUCCCAAUAAAGAAUAUUUACAA